GUGAAGCUGGACGUGACGCUGGGCGACCUCGCCAAGCUGGGCAAGUCGCAGAAGCUCUCGCUGAGCGUCGACGUGGAGGGUGCCAAGCUCGUGGUGCUCCGCAAGCAGCGCGACUCCCAGGAGGACUGGAGCACCUUCCCGCACGACAAGAUCCGGCAGCUGAUCAAGUCGCAGCGGGUGCCCAACAAGCUGGGCAUCGUCUUCGAGAAGGAGAAGGACAGGACGCAGCGCAAGGACUUCGUGUUUGUGAGCGCGCGGAAGCGCGAGGCCUUCUGCCAGCUCCUGCAGCUCAUGAAGAACAAGCACUCGCGCCAGGACGAGCCCGACAUGAUCUCCGUCUUCAUCGGCACCUGGAACAUGGGCGCCGUGCCGCCCCCCAAGAGCGUCACGUCGUGGGUGGCCUCCAAGGGGCUGGGCAAGACGCUGGACGAGAUGACGGUCACCAUCCCGCACGACAUCUACGUCUUCGGCACGCAGGAGAACUCCAUGGGCGACAAGGAGUGGGUGGACUUCCUGCGCGCCGCCCUCAAGGACUUCACCGAGCUCGAGUACCGCCCGGUCGCCAUGCAGUCCCUGUGGAACAUCAAAGUGGUGGUGCUGGUGAAGCCGGAGCACGAGAACCGCAUCAGCCACGUGAGCACGUCCAGCGUCAAGACGGGCAUCGCCAACACCUUGGGCAACAAGGGCGCCGUGGGCGUCUCCUUCAUGUUCAACGGCACCUCCUUCGGCUUCGUCAACUGCCACCUCACGUCGGGCAACGAGAAGACGGGCAGGAGGAACCAGAACUACCUGGACAUCCUGCGGCUGCUCUCGCUGGGCGACAAGCAGCUGAGCUCCUUCGACAUCUCGCUGCGCUUCACCCACCUCUUCUGGUUCGGGGACCUCAACUACCGCCUCGACAUGGACAUCCAGGAGAUCCUCAACUACAUCAGCCGCAAGGAGUUCGAGCCGCUGCUCAAGGUGGACCAGCUCAACCUGGAGAGGGAGAAGCACAAGGUGUUCCUGCGCUUCGGUGAGGAGGAGAUCACCUUCCCGCCCACGUACCGCUACGAGCGCGGCUCCCGCGACACCUACGUGUGGCACAAGCAGAAGCCCACGGGGGUGCGCACCAACGUGCCCUCCUGGUGCGACCGCAUCCUCUGGAAGUCCUACCCCGAGACGCACGUGAGCUGCAGCUCCUACG